ACGAAACAUUAUACUUUCGACUGCGACAUGAGACACUUCUAACCCAAGUUAAAAAAAAAACUGCAUAUUCUGUCCUAACUUACAGCCGUUUAUGGUGUAUUUAUGGUUGGAAGUUUAGUUUUAAAAAAUCCUUCAUAUUUUGUCCUAACCGACAACAGUUAGAACAUUGGAAUUGUUAGCUGUAAAAUAUAAGUAAUUAAUCAUUUAUCAAGGAUGAGUAAAGUGGAGAUCAGUGAUGGGGUGUUAGAAGGAGAGCUAUUGGAGAAUCCUUUGGGCGGGCAGUUCCAUAGUUUCAAGGGGAUACCGUACGCCGCGCCCCCUGUUGGAGAUUUGAGGUUUAGAGCGCCACAGCCACCUGAAACAUGGGACGGAGUCCGCAGUGCCACAGAGUUUGGCCCAAUCUGUUUUCAAGUGGAUCCUCUCAUGGAUCCAACUCCCAAAGGCAGCGAAGACUGCCUCUACCUCAACGUAUAUACUCCUGACUUAGAGCCAGCUGAACCCUUACCAGUUAUGGUGUGGAUCCACGGAGGUGGCUUUACAUUCGGUAGUGGAAAUGAUGAUUACUAUGGCCCAGAAUUUUUGGUUAGACACGACGUUGUACUAGUCACAUUCAAUUACAGACUUGAAGUGCUUGGAUUUCUCUGCCUGGACACUGAAGAAGUGCCUGGAAAUGCUGGAAUGAAGGACCAAGUUGCAGCUCUGCGUUGGGUCCAAAAAAACAUUAGCCAGUUUGGCGGAGAUCCGGCGAAUGUAACAAUUUUCGGUGAGAGCUGUGGUGCUGCCAGCGUCAGUUUUCAUCUCGUUUCGCCGAUGUCGAAGGGUUUAUUCAAGCGGGCGAUUGCCAUGAGCGGCCACAUGAAUUCUUACUGGUCAUUUAUAUCUCGGCCUGUGUUGAGAGCUGCUGCCCUGGCGCAACAAUUAGGCUGCGACUCUUCAGACCCUGAAGAACUCGGCACCUUUUUCAAAGAACAACCCGUUACUUCGCUAGCCCAUUGCUCACCUCCCGUAUACCUUUAUGAGAAACUCAUGGGUCUUUCUUUGGGAAUACCGUUGUAUGCUGUCGUUUCUGAGAAACAGUUCGGUGACAACGAGAGGUUUUUCGAAGGAGAUCCAUUGGAGGCUCUCAAAAACGGCAUACAUGAAGGUGUGGAGGUUGUAUCUGGUUUUCUGGAGCACGAAGGUUUAUUUAGCAUGAAGGGUAGGGGAGGAUACGAUAUUGUCAAAGAAUCUUCAAAACUUCUUGAAUUCUUUGUGCCAAUGACAAUGAGGUUUAACUGCGGUUUGGCGGCUCAGAUGGAAGCAGCCAUGCAGAUUAAAGCGUUUUACCAGAACGGGAACACUGAACCUGAUGCUUUAAUGCGAUAUUGUUCUUUCGAAGAUUUUAUGCAUUGUAUCAUCCAGUGGCAAAAGAUAUGUGCAAAAACAAGUCCAAAUAAGUUCUAUUUAUAUAAAUUCUGCUGCAAAUCUGAGAGGAACCUGAUGACUUAUGCGUUCGGUCUGACUGAAAUAUAUGGUACUGACCCUAAGGUGUGUCACGCCGAUGACCUGGCUUACUUCUUCCCUCUUAAAGGGUUUAACUUAUCAGUCGAUCCCGAUUCCAACACCUUUAAGAUGAUAGAUAAUGUCACCAAACUCUGGACCAAUUUUGCAAAAUGCGGGGAUCCAACACCCGACGCCAGCCUGGGCGUACGCUGGCCAGAGUAUACCACAGACGGAGAAGAAUUCCUGGAGAUCGAUCAAGAACUGACGACCUCUUCAGCUGUCAUGAAGGAUGAGGUGGAACUUUAUGAGGAUAUCUUCUCGAAACAUCUGCCGAAUCAACUUGCUUAAAUUUUUGCUAGAUCAUCUAAUUACCGCACGUUCUGUAUUUUUUAAAUAAUUUAAUAUACUUAAUAUAGUCGUAUCUGAGUAGUUAGUUAUAAGUGGAAACUGUUUUGGCUGUGUGUCUAAAUUAAUUAUUAUGUCGUACUAUUUUGCCUAUUUGUUUCCAAAGUUUAAAAAAAAUAGGGUAAACCGCGAGGCUUGAACCAUUGGAAGAGGUGAACCAUAUUCCUAAAUGGAGUAGGUUAUUAAAAGCAUAGACAAAUAAAACAAAAAGAUUGAGUGUCUACAAAGUUGUGUUCCUCCAACAUUCAGCGCUGUAUACCUCUAUUGAACGGAAGUUGAGUUAUUUUGAAAGAGAAUGGAUGGAACUGAGACCUGCUUCCCGCGUUAGUGACGCCGUCUGGCAAUAACCUGUCUAUUGAAGACACGCGAUACUGUAUAGACGUUGUCGGUCUCCUUAUUUUACUUGUCCAUGGUAAAAGCUAUCCUAGAUGGCGCAUUUGGUACCAUUGUUUGUAACAAAAUUGACAGCUGGUCAAAGCUAAACAAUACCAUAAACAAUCAAAUUGACAUUUGCCUUCCGGGAACAAUUGUGCCUCUUCACAAAGGCGUUACUGAGUGAUUAAUGGAAGGUUAAGUUUUUAUUCCUUCAUUAAUUUAUUACUUUAUAAACACAGUUUUACAUGCCAAGUACAAUAAUAAGUAAGGGGAAUCCGGAACACUUGCCCAUGUGGGAAACGAACCAUCAAAAAAAGCCUAGAAUCAAAAUAUUGAUUUUAUCAGCAUUCUAAUAUCCGGCGGUACCUAGGACGUCUAAGACUCUUCGGUCAUUUGGUGCUCCAGAGCACGCCCUCCGGCCUGCACCAUCGUCACCCAUCCGGUGCGUGCCCGAGCCAUCUGAGUCUGGCGGAUUUCUUUUCUCCAAUGAUGUUAUAAGUUCCUCGAAGUCGGGAACUAUUGGUUCUCGAGCGUAGCUGGAACUCUGGAGCUCAAUCAAAGUCUCCCAUCGCUGGGCAAGACUUCCGAUCUUCCGCUACUUACAUUUAUCUAGUCUUUGCUUACUUCAACAUAGAUUUUAAAAUAGUCACUACAUGAACUUCUUAGAUCUUCACUUCUGGGUUGAUAUAGUAGAAAACACAUAAAUAUAUCACAUACAUACUGAUUACUGCAUUAUCUACUGUGGAAAAUAAUAUUAUAUGAAAUAUAAGUAUGCUUUGAAAAAUCAAUAA